AUGGCGGGAAUUGAUCCACCGAAAAAUCUCCUCUCUCUAAUCCGAGAUUUCGCUUCUGAGAAAUCUCAAGGAGAGAGAAGAGUCGUUGGCUUGAAGAAGCAAAUCGAAGAGCUCCGAUCAGAGCUUGAAGCAGCUAACUCUGAGCUUGAAGAAGCGAAACGUUUAAAAGAAACAACUGAGCAAGAGCUUAAAGGCUUCGAAGUUGAAUUAGCUUUGAACGAAGCUUCGAUUCAAGCCCUAGAGGCCAGGAUUGCUUUGAUUCAAGAUGAAGUAUCCAACGUUGGAUCUGAAAUUGAGGAGCUUAAGAAUAAAGAAGCAACAUCAAGAGAUGAGUUUAUUUGCCAGAUGCUUGAGUUCAAUACUAAGAUAAGGAAAUUCCAAGAGACAAUAGCUUCUGGUUCUGAGAACAAGAAUAUUAUUGGCAAUGCAACAGAAGAGGAUCAUAAAUUCGUAAAGGAGGCCACUGAAAUUACUUCAAUAAAUAUUAAGGAUCAGUUUACCCAUGUUGUUUCUCAAAUAGCUAAUGAGGAGGAAGAAUACCUUGCUGAACAGAAUAUCCAAAAGCAGCUUCAGCUGGAAUUGAUUGACAUUGAAAGGAAGGUGUAUCUGAUGGAUGUCAUAACGCGAGAAGCAAAAGCUUUAGAGAACUUGACAAGAUAUCCUAAUCAAAUUUGAAUAUGGAACUACGUAUUGAAGUGUCAUCAACUAAACGUUAAGUCUUGAUACAAAAGAAGUAUGAUGUGAAAGUGAAAAUGCCAUGUGCAUGUUUUGCAAUAAAUCAUACAUUAGCAUUUCUCUACGUGUGACUAACGCAUCUAAAUACAGAUAGGAUUUUUUUUUUUUUUUUUUGAACAUGAAAGACAGAUUGAGUUGAGUGCUUCAGAUGUCAGCAAACUAUACUGCUUUCCUUAUUAAUUAAUUCUCUGUUUCAUUAUCAGGAAAAUAACUGGAAAGAAAAAGAAAUUCUUGAAACUGAUAACUUUUAGAAGUUGAAAUCUUUUAUUUAUUUUUUACAUUAGCUUAGGCUUAAGAGUCCAGUAGAAUAUUCAUCUUUGGAUCUUUCCAUUGCUGGAAAUAUAGAUUUUAUAAAUCUAAAUACAAGCAAGGUUAGGCGAAGUAUAUAUUUGAAUAUUUAUGCUGGCUUUUAUAAUCUUUUUCAUUAACAUCUUCUGUGGAUGAAAAUUAUUACUUGCAAAUACCUCCUUGACUGGAAACAGGCAGGCUUCUGAACUGAACACGACGUGUGCUUCCUUCAGUAAAGAGUUGCAGAAGAGGUGUAUAUGUCCCAGUUGUCAAUCAGUUAAUGUGGAGAAAUUGGAUGGAAUUCUUCAAGCAAAUGAUGCAAAUUGAUCUGAUGUAGUUGAUUGCAAAACACAUACCAUGCUGGAGUCCUUUGUUUCUCUCCUGAUCUGUUGGGAAGGCCACCCGAGUAACGAUUGCAAUUUGAUGAAGAAUACUUGUAUGUUGGUGCAAAUUUGAUGUUCCC